GGUGUUCCAAUCCCUUCCAUAUCAUGUGAUUCAGGUGUUCCAAUCCCCUCCAUAUCAUGUGAUUCAGGUGUUCUAAUCACCUCCAUAUCAUGUGAUUCAGGUGUUCCAAUCCCCUCCCAAUCAUGUGAUUCAGGUGUUCCAAUCCCCUCCAAAUCAUGUGAUUCAGGUGUUCCAAUCCCCUCCAAAUCAUGUGAUUCAGGUGUUCCAAUCCCCUCCAAAUCAUGUGAUUCAGAUGUUCCAAUCCCCUCCAAAUCAUGUGAUUCAGGUGUUCCAAUCCCCUCCAAAUCAUGUGAUUCAGGUGUUCCAAUCCCCUCCAAAUCAUGUGAUUCAGGUGUUUCAAUCACCUCCAUAUCAUGUGAUUCAGAUGUUCCAAUCCCCUCCAAAUCAUGUGAUUCAGGUGCUCCAAUCCCCUCCAUAUCAUGUGAUUCAGGUGCUCCAAUCCCCUCCAAAUCAUGUGAUUCAGGUGCUCCAAUC